AUGGAGAGGGACUACCAUGUGAAUACGGGGUUCCAGAUGGGGCGGCGCGAGGAGGAGCGCGGGAUAGCGAUGGCGCCGGCGUCGCUGCGGAUGAUGGGGAAGAGUGGUGCGCGGGAGCUGAUGGAGCCAGCCACUGUGAAUGCUGGAGUACAGGAUAUAGAUGCGAAUGCGGAGAUGCAGGCUACGGAUAUGCCAGGAGCACCUGCGUCCGUGCCUGCAGAGAGGAAAAGUCAGGGCCAAGGACAGAGCCAAGGACAGGGCCAAGGACAGGGCCAGGGCCAGGGCCAAAUGAAGCAGUUCCACAGGAAGUCGCUGGGCGACUGGGAUUUCUUGGAGACAGUGGGUGCUGGGUCUAUGGGGAAAGUGAAGCUGGCGAAGCACAGACGUACAGGAGAGGUGUGUGCCAUCAAGAUUGUAAAUAGGGCAACAAAGGCCUUCCUGCACAAGGAGCAGAACAGCCCGCCGCCGGUAAACAACCAGGAGAUUAUGGAGAGACAGAAGAAACUGGAGAAAGAGAUAUCCAGAGAUAAGCGGGCCAUACGGGAGGCAUCCUUGGGCCAGAUCUUCUACCACCCGCACAUAUGCAGGUUGUUCGAGAUGUGUACCAUGUCCAAUCACUUCUACAUGCUCUUUGAGUACGUUGCAGGUGGCCAGUUGCUGGACUACAUUAUCCAGCAUGGCUCCUUACGAGAGCACCACGCGCGCAAGUUUGCCAGAGGAGUCGCUAGCGCUUUGCAGUACUUGCAUGCCAAUAACAUAGUGCACCGUGACUUGAAGAUCGAAAACAUCAUGAUAUCAAACUCCGGUGAAAUUAAGAUUAUAGAUUUUGGUCUUUCAAACGUUUAUGAUACGAGAAAACAAUUGCAUACAUUCUGUGGGUCACUAUACUUUGCCGCACCAGAACUUUUAAAAGCACAUCCUUAUACAGGUCCAGAAGUGGACGUUUGGUCUUUUGGUGUGGUGCUAUAUGUACUGGUGUGCGGUAAAGUGCCGUUUGAUGACGAGAAUUCAAGUGUUCUGCAUGAAAAGAUUAAAAGGGGUAAGGUCGAAUACCCACAACACUUAUCCAUAGAAGUGAUGUCAUUACUAUCUAAGAUGCUGGUUGUCGAUCCAUCUCGUAGAGCUUCAUUGAAACAAGUAGUGGAACAUCCAUGGAUGACUAAAGGCUACGACACCCCUGCACCGUCAUACGUACCAAACAGAAUACCGUUGACUCCAGAAAUGUUAGACUCUACUGUCUUAAGAGAAAUGUUUAGAUUGGAAUUCAUUGAAGACAUAGAAGAAACAAGAAAACUAUUAGCAACAAUUGUUUCAGACCCAACCUAUCUCACAUUAUCAAACGAAUACUGGACUAGACUACAGUCUAUAACCGAGACAACAGGUCAGGGUAAAACGACUCAUUUUGAAAUUCAAGGUGUAUCAAUUAACUUUCAUUUGACUUCGGGUGUGAACAAAAUACCAUUUGAGGAUCCUACUAGGGCAUUUCAUCCACUACUAUCUAUUUAUUACCUAGUUGCUGAGAUGUUACAACGUAAGAUGGCCAAGCUGCAAAAGAAACAAGCAUUGAUACAACAACAGCAACAACAAAUUCAAAAACAACAGCAGCAACGUGUGCAACAACAACAACCACAACAACAAAAGCAACCAUUAACACCUAAGGAACCUGAACAAACGGAAUUUGCUUAUUCAAAGACUCCCAACACUUCAGAUAAGUCUGCAGGUUUGACCGUUCCGAGCAGACCAACUGACAUCAUUAAUGAAAUGAAAGCGAAAUCUGAUAGAACUGACUAUAUUAUGAAUACUCCAAAACAAGACACUGGCUCUAAUACUACUGUUGAAAAAUUAUACACACCAAAAGAGCAACAAUCUGUGGAAAGAAAAACGGCGCCCCUACAUAUCAUGGUACCACCUAAAUUAACAAUGCCUGAACAGGCUCAUACUUCACCCACCACAAGAAAGAGCUCCGACAUACAUGAUGAACUGAAUACUGCGAUGUCUCCGAAAGUUUUAUCAAAAGAGUACGAGCAAAGACCUAACACUCAGCUGGAUUCGCCGGAGAAGAAACGCUUCCCCGCACUUUUUGGCAAAUUGUCUCAGAAGAGGCAACCUUCUUCUCAACAAUCACCUCAAUCAAACAACAAUCCUCAAUUUCAAGUACAUGCUGCACCAAACCUGGAACCGGCGAAGAGAUCAACUAAAACACACACUCGUACUGUUUCUGAAUAUGUGCCUGGCCCCUCCAAUAACAAGGAGUUUAUUGAAACUUAUUUACCAUCAAAUUAUGCCAAUAAAAACAAUUCACCAAGUAGAUCUGUUUCCACAAAGGUGGCCAACACCGAAAGGUUCCCAGCUUUACCAGCGAAUGCAAAUACAAUGGUAGAACAACAAUUAGCUAAAGAUAUGGAUAAUCUUAACGUCAAUAACAACACCAACAGAGCUCCUGAUACAUCAAGUGCUGAUUAUGAUGAAAACAAACCUUUACCACCAUUAACAGUAACUAAAGGUAGAAAACUACAUCCUAGCGCAAGAGCAAAGUCUGUUGGUCAUAGCAGAAGAGAGUCACUUAAAUUCACAAGACCACCAGUACCCACUAAUGUCCAAGGCUAUGAUAAUGAUGAUGCUGGAUUCUUGGAGUACAGUGAUGACAAUAGAAACGAUUCAGCAAUUAUUAGAACACCAAACAGUUCAAAAUAUUUAUCACCACCUACACCAAAUACCAGAUUCGGCUUUGGAUCAACAGAGGAACUUACCGAUGAACAAAUUCUGGAACAAGCUUCUCGUGCUCCUCCUGGAACAAUGCCAUCUAUUGAUUAUCCAAGGUCUUUGUUCUUGAAGGGUUUCUUUUCCGUGCAAACAACAUCAUCUAAACCUCUUCCUAUUGUUCGUUAUAAAAUCAUGCAUUUGUUGAAAAAGAUGCAUGUUGAGUUCAAAGAAGUUAAAGGUGGAUUUGUUUGUACACACGAAGGCCAGUUAAGUUUCUUAAAUAAUGAUAAUGAACUUCCUGAGUACAAUCCAUUAGCAGAGACAGACGAGAACAACAUUGAUAACAGGCUAACAAUAAAUACAAACUUGUCUCCACAUCCAUCCCAGAACCAUCUACAGCUACCUACUCCUAUUGAGAAUCAAGCCGUAACAUAUAGAAGUAUCAGAUCUGGAUCAAGACAAAAUUCCAUUAGAAGACAAGGUUCCACAAAAAUUUCACCAAAUAUACCUACAACUCCAAUGGCAACCACUGAACAUCAUAGGAAUAUUUCUGAAGUUAUGUCACCAGUUGCCCAAAAUAUCAACCUUGGCAGCACACUCUCUGACGAACACUCAACAACAUCUCUAGACAAUAUUGCAAAUCAAGAAGAUAUCUUAACUACUUCAAGGGUUCAAAAUAUGAAUAGACCUGACCUUGACUUAGAACAACAAGCUAUCGCAAAAGCAUCUAAUGAAAAAAGCAGAGUUAAAUUUGAGAUUCACAUCGUUAAGGUGCGGAUUGUGGGUCUUGCUGGUGUCCAUUUCAAGAAAGUGUCCGGUAACACUUGGCUAUAUAAAGAGUUGGCAUCCCAUAUCCUAAAGAACCUAAAUCUUUAA